AUGGCUAGAAAUCGAUUUCAAGCCAUACUGCAGUUUCUCCAUUGCAAUGAUAACACAACGGCAGCAGAACCUGGGGAAAUUGGGUAUGAUCCACUUCACAAAAUUUCUCCAAUCAUUGAGUUUUUCAACGAAACCUUCAGCCGAAAUUACAAGCUUAACCGGGAAGUUUGUGUAGAUAAAAGAAUAGUAGGUUUUAAAGGAAGGCAUCAUCUCAAACAAUACAUCUCAAAUAAGAAGGCACACAGAUGGGGGAUCAAACUUUGGGUGCUGUCCGACUCCACUUCUGGGUACACUCAUCACAUUAACGUAUACAAAGGCAGGAGAAAUGAGCGACGCAGUCCGAACGGACAAGGUUAUCAGGCAGUAAUGGACUUGAUGGAACCCUAUUUCUACAAAGAGCAUCAUGUCACUUUCGACAGUUUUUUCACCAGACCCAGACUGGUAUACGAUCUCUUGGACAAGAACACCCAUAGUACAGGAACAGUUAUCAAGUCUCGAAAGGAUAUGCCUUCCAGUUUUAAGAACCCAGCAAUGCAGAGAGGAGAUAUGAAUGUUAAGACACGUGCUGGAGUGAUGGCUCUACAGUGGGCGGACAGGAGAGUAAUCCGAGAGUUGUAUCUUUGUUGA